AUGGUGAAACAAGAAAUCGAUUGGCAUUUUUCACCACCAUUAGCGCCACAUUUGGGAGGCGUUUGGGAAAGUCUCGUAAAAUCAGCAAAGGUGGCUCUGGAAGCCAUUGUGGAAUCACGUCCGCUUACCGAAGAGCUUUUACGUGGUUUCGUGAUUCAGUCCGAAUCGUUGCUGAAUGGACGUCCACUGACCUAUGUCAGUGUGGACCCUCGAGAUCCCGAACCACUUACCCCUAAUCAUUUUUUGUUAGUACAGAGCUCGCCUAACACCGAAGACGACGUCAUCGAGGACAAGAAAUUGUAUUCUCAAAAACAUUGGGAAGCUAUGCAAGUCAUGACGACACAUUUUUGGCGCCGAUGGUUUCAAGAAUAUCUUCCCACACUCACUGACCGUCGAAAAUGGCUUUUCGAUAAGGAGAAUUUGGCUGUGGACGGUACCGUGCUGGUGGUGGCCCGAAUUAUCCUAGAGGACAUUGGCCUAUUGGUCGACGUGGCCCUUUUGGCCACUGAGUUAACCACAUUUUCGUUUCGCUUAUUUCGGUGGUUAACACUCAUCAAUGUACUCCAGAGCCAAGGAAAACAAGUCAUCACAGUGGCUUCGACGGGGAUCGUGUCGACUUUGUUGCUGGAUGGUGCGACUUACCAUUCGCAGUUCAAGAUCUACCCUCCAAUUACAGAGACAAAACGAUCAAAAAUCGAAGAAGGCACCUAUAAUGCGCAAAUGAUUAGGAACGCGAGUCUCAUCAACUCAGAUGAAGCCUCAAUGAAGACCAACCACGCUCUCGACACAAUCAAUCAUCUGUUGCAAACGGUGAUGAAAAAUCGUGUCGAUCCCUACGGCGGUAAAGUCCUCUUGCUCGGCGGCGAUUUCAGACAGUGCCUGCCCGUUGUCCGACAUGGAAACAGAGUCCAAGUCGCUGAAGCCACCAUCAUCAAUAACGCGACUUGGCCACAUUUCCAUGAACUUCGAUUGGUGCAGAACAUGCGCACCACAGCUGGCAGUCAAGAUUACGCAGAUUGGCUCAUCGAGCUCGGAAAUGGAAUCCGCCCUCAAAUACUGAGGCUCAACAACCAGAUGUCAUCGAAAUUCCACAAUACUUUCUCAACAUUCAACGUAAUUUGGUCGAACACGUCUUUGGAGACCCAUCGGAUUUCUUACAAGAUGGAGUGGUCGAUUCAAUUUCGAACCGGGCAAUUUUAUGCGCCCAAGAAUGAAGAUUGUCAACGGAUAAACAACCAAAUCAUCACAGAGAUGCCUGGCGCAUUGAAAAUUUAUAGGAGCAUCGACACCAUGGAUUCAGAGAAUCCGGAGGAUCCGGAUCACGAAAUUGCCAACUACCGUGCGGAAAUAUUAAACACCUUUAACGUUUCUGGACUUCCUCCGCACGAAUUGAAACUGAAAACUGGAGCCAUCAUCAUUCUUCUCAAGAACAUUACCUCGCGAAAAGGACUGUGCAACGGUACGAGGUUGAUCAUCAGGACACUCGCGCUCAAUUUAACAGUAGCAGACAUCGCGGCUGGAAAAAACAAAGGACACACUGUUUUUCUACCACCCAUGGCCAUGACACCAACUAACUCUGACUUGCCGUUUAAACUCAAGCGAUUGCAGUUCCCCGUGCUUGUGGCUUUCGCCAUGACCAUCAACAAGUCGCAGGGACAGACUUUCGAUCGAGUCGGUAUCUACCUUCCGGAACCUGUUUUCAGCCACGGCCAACUGUAUGUCGCAUUUUCGCGAGCCACAUCAAGAGAAAGUGUCAAGAUCGAGUGCGGUGAGUCCGAGAAACAAGGAAAGCUUCUCAAAAGUAUUCCAGAUUCAUCGGAACAAGAUAAGCAACGAGUUUUCACGAAGAACGUCGUCUACAAAGAAGUACUCAUCUGA